AUGGCGUCCAAGUCCAACUGCGUUCUCCUCUUGGCCGCCGUCCUAGUCUCCAUCUUUGCCGCCGUUGCCGCCAUCGGCAAUGAAGAUUGCACCCCAUGGAUGAGUACUCUGAUCACUCCACUCCCAAGCUGCCGUGACUAUGUGGAACAACAAGCAUGUCGCAUCGAAACGCCCGGGUCGCCGUACCUCGCCAAGCAGCAGUGCUGUGGGGAGCUUGCAAACAUUCCGCAGCAGUGCCGAUGCCAGGCGCUGCGCUACUUCAUGGGGCCCAAGUCUCGUCCGGAUCAGAGCGGCCUCAUGGAACUCCCCGGAUGCCCUAGGGAGGUGCAGAUGGACUUCGUGAGGAUACUCGUCACGCCGGGGUACUGCAACUUGACGACCGUUCACAACACUCCGUACUGCCUCGCUAUGGAGGAGUCUCAGUGGAGCUAG